GUCAAACAUCAAACUUUGUACGACAUAACCUCACUUGCCUGUAAAAAUUAUAUUUUAUUUACUUUCCAGAGCCCUUUUCAUUCACAUCAAAACAAAACGUAAUGCUUUUAGCAUGUAAGUUAAUUCUAAAUACUUCCACCAAGAUUUUAAAACGCUUCAAUUCUAUCAACUUAGUUAAAUUGUCUAACGAAGAACGAAUUAAAACACUGAGAAAAAUGGCUUUGGCAAAAUCGAGAGAAAACCCCGUUAUUAUGAAAUUGGACAGUCCUGAAUUCAACUCGAUAUUCAACGAUGAAUUACGGGCUUUGAUAUCGUUAUUUAAAGAAUAUGGAUACGAGAUUCGAAUAGCCGGUGGGGCUGUGAGGGAUCUGCUUUCAGGCAAGCGGCCUAAGGAUUUGGACUUUGCUACUACAGCCACUCCGACACAAAUGAAGGAAAUGUUUACCACGGAAAACGUUAGGAUGAUUAAUGCGAAUGGCGAAAAACACGGUACGAUCACUCCGCGGAUAAACGAUAAAGAGAAUUUUGAAGUGACCACAUUAAGAAUCGAUGUAGUAACGAAUGGCAGGCAUGCUGAAGUCCAGUUCACCACUGACUGGUUACUUGAUGCAUUGAGGAGGGAUUUAACCAUUAAUUCAAUGUUUUUGGGAUUCGAUGGAACUGUGUAUGAUUACUUCUUCGGUUUUGAUGAUCUUAAAAGUCGUAGGGUUGCCUUUGUUGGAAAUGCAGACACUAGAAUACAAGAAGAUUAUUUGAGGAUAUUAAGAUAUUUUAGAUUUUAUGGAAGAAUUUGUGAAGACCCUAACAAACACGAGCCAGCUACUCUUAAAUCAAUUAGAGAAAAUGCUCACGGUUUAGCUAACAUAUCAGGUGAAAGAAUCUGGAUGGAACUUAAACAAAUUUUAGAGGGCAACUUUGCUGGUGAUUUAUUGAUUACUAUGUUAGAAAGUGGAUUAACACCUUACAUAGGUUUACCUGAAAAUUCAAAUGUUCAAGAAUUAAAGAAAGUAUGGAAAGAAAGCGGCCAUCUCAAUUUAAAUGCAAUUACUCUUAUUUCUUCACUGCUGAAUGAUGUUGACGAGGCCAUAGCUCUCAACUUAAGACUUAAAUUGUCCGCUUUUGAGAGAGAUCUAGCAAUUUAUGUUGUAGAAAAUAGAGGCCCUAAACUACAUCCGAAGCCUCUAAUGCCGUUCCAACAACAAAUUUUAAAGUCCAUAUCUAAACCAGCCAAUACCAAGAAAAUGGCAGUUGAAGUUUUGAAAUAUAACAAUUCACCUUAUUGGGAAGAGUUAGAGAAAUGGGAAAUUCCUAAAUUUCCUGUAAGUGGGAAUUUAUUAAAGGAAAAAGGAGUUGAACCUGGAAAAACAAUGGGUAAUGUAAUGACGGAAUUGAAGCACUUUUGGGCUGAUAAUGAUUUUAACUUAUGUCCAGAGGAUUUAAUGAAAGAAUUACCUAGAAUAAUGGAAGCCUUAGCACAAAAAAAGAAAAAGAAAUAAAUGCUAUUGUUCUGCUAUGUUUCAUAAUGAUUUUUCAAAUAUAAUGGCAAAAACGAUAUAGGAUGUUAAUAAAGUUUAAACAUUUAUUUUAAGU